AUGGUCGACAUAGUUGUUCUCGGUGCCACAGGCUAUACUGGUCGUCUCAUAGCUCAGUACCUUGCCACGCAUCCGCAGCGUUCAUCUUUCACGUUUGGUCUUGCUGCACGGUCGCAGUCAGCGCUCGAGAAAGUUUUGAAAGGACUCAACCUCUCGAAAGAUGAUGUACCUGCAUUCAUCAUGGACGUUACGAAUCCCAGUGACGUGGUUGCUGUGGUACAACAGGCCAAGGUUGUAAUUAACACCAUUGGUCCAUACUGGCGGUGGGGAACUUCUGUUGUCCGAGCUUGUGUACAUCAUGGGAAACAUUAUGUGGACUUGACUGGCGAGGUCCACUGGAUAAAGGAUAUUAUCUUUGAACUUGAUUACGCAGCUGUCAAGUCGGGUUCAAUCGUGGUCCCUUGCUGCGGGUUAGACUCAGUACCUUCUGAUAUUCUUGCAUUCGUCGCGAACAAAACACUGAAAUCCUUCGGUGGGCCGUCUACCACAAUAGACCUCUCCACCUCGGCGUGGAAGCUUGGUGGUGCUUCUAUUUCAGGAGGCACUUUCUCCACAAUCCUCACUGCGUUGGAAGACGUUCCAAAGCACAAACUGCUCGCGAUAAGGCAGAAUUUUGCUUUGAGCCCAGUGGAAGGAACCCAUUCUGCUCGACCCCGUAUGCUUUAUACCUUGCCGUACUCCGAUCGACCCGUCUACGGGGCGUGGUAUUUCAUGGCAAUCACCAAUUCUCAGGUCGUGCAGCGCUCGUGGGGUCUGUAUGAACUCGCACGCCGUCUCAACCAUCAUAAUGCGACCGCUGUCGCUCCAUUCUCCUACGGUCCGAACUUCAAGUACGAGGAGUUCGUGAUUCUGCCAAAUGCACUAUACGCUAUGAUAUAUUCAAUCGUAUUCGCCGCGAUAGCAGCAUUGCUUGUUUGCUUCCAGCCUGUUCGUUAUCUUCUCCCUGUCCUUGUAGCAGAAGAAAUGACUGCAAGAUGGUUGGCUCGCAGAAUAAUGCCCGGUCCUGGUGAAGGCCCGUCUGAGAAACAACUACGGAGUGGCUCUGUCAAAAUCACUAAUAUCACUACGUCCAGUCCCAACUCACAAGGGGAAAAGAUCGUUGUACAAAGUAUUUUCCGGGGUCGAGGUGACCCUGGAUACUUCUUAUCGUCGGUAAUGAUUUCGGAAUGCGCACUAGCGCUGGCUUUGGACGGUGCAAUCUUGCCUCAGAUAAGCACAGGUGGCGGCAUUUUGACUCCCAUGACUGCUUUUGGAGACGUUCUCGUUGAGAGGUUGAGGAGAUCAGGAUAUGUCGACAUCGAAAGUGAGUUGUUAGUGGGGACAGAGGCACGUAAGACACGUUGA